AUCUUUUAAGUCUUCUUAUAUAUAUAACCAAACACAUCCAGAUCAUUUUACAGGUCUUUCUUUCUUGAACACAGGAACAACUUUUGCAGCUACAAAUUUGGAUAAUCUAAGCAGAGAAUUAUGUCAUCGAACCAAGAAAAUGCCAAGGAAGAGAAACUCCAUGUCAAAAUAAAGACGCAGGAAUUGGAUCCAAAAGAGAAGGGGGAAAAUGUUGAGGUGGAGAUGGAAGUGAAGGCAAAGUCAAUUGAGAAGGUUAAAGCAAAGAAAGAUGAAGAGAGUAGUGGAAAAUCCAAGAAGGACAAAGAAAAGAAAAAGGGCAAAAACGUGGACUCAGAGGUAAAAGAAGAUAAAGAUGAUGACAAAAAGAAAGAUGGAAAAAUGGUCUCCAAGAAACAUGAAGAAGGCCAUGGAGAUCUGGAGGUUAAAGAGAGCGAUGUGAAAGUGGAAGAGCAUGAGAAGGAACACAAGAAGGGCAAAGAGAAGAAACACGAGGAGUUAGAAGAAGAAAAAGAAGGUAAAAAGAAGAAGAAUAAAAAAGAGAAGGAUGAGUCGGGUCCAGAGGAAAAAAAUAAGAAGGCAGAUAAAGAGAAGAAACAUGAGGAUGUAUCACAAGAAAAGGAAGAGUUAGAAGAGGAAGAUGGUAAAAAGAACAAGAAGAAAGAGAAAGAUGAAUCAGGUACAGAGGAGAAAAAGAAGAAACCAAAAAAAGAAAAGAAACAAAAAGAAGAAUCUAAGAGUAAUGAAGACAAAAAGGUGAAGGGAAAGAAGGAAAAGGGAGAGAAGGGUGACCUUGAGAAAGAAGAUGAAGAGAAGAAGAAAGAACAUGAUGAAACAGAUCAAGAGAUGAAAGAAAAAGAUAGUAAAAAGAACAAGAAGAAAGAGAAAGAUGAAUCAUGUGCGGAGGAAAAAAAGAAGAAGCCCGAUAAAGAGAAGAAAGAGAAAGACGAAUCUACUGAGAAGGAAGACAAGAAGCUGAAGGGAAAGAAAGGAAAGGGAGAGAAGCCUGAAAAAGAAGAUGAAGGAAAGAAGACGAAAGAACAUGAUGCAACAGAGCAAGAGAUGGAUGAUGAAGCCGCCGAUCAUAAGGAGGGAAAGAAAAAGAAGAAUAAAGAUAAGGCGAAGAAGAAGGAAACCGUCAUCGAUGAGGUAUGUGAGAAAGAAACAAAAGACAAAGAUGAUGAUGAAGGAGAAACCAAGCAGAAAAAGAAUAAGAAAAAGGAGAAGAAGAGCGAAAAGGGCGAAAAAGAUGUAAAGGAAGACAAGAAGAAGGAGAAUCCCCUUGAAACUGAAGUGAUGUCAAGAGAUAUAAAAUUAGAAGAACCAGAAGCUGAGAAGAAGGAAGAAGAUGAUACUGAAGAGAAGAAGAAAUCUAAAGUAGAAGGGGGUGAGAGUGAAGAGGGGAAGAAAAAGAAGAAGAAAGAUAAAAAGAAGAACAAGAAGAAAGAUACAAAGGAACCGAAAAUGACGGAGGACGAAGAAGAGAAGAAAGAUGAUUCUAAGGACGUUAAAAUAGAAGGGUCAAAAGCUAAGGAAGAAAAGAAAGACAAAGAUGUGAAGAAAAAGAAGGGUGGUAAUGACAUCGGUAAGCUGAAAACGAAGUUGGCGAAGAUCGAUGAAAAAAUAGGAGCCUUAAUGGAGGAGAAGGCAGAAAUCGAGAAUCAGAUUAAAGACGCAGAGGGAGAGCAAUGAUGUGAUGAUUGUGGAACAUAAAAAAAUGAUGGGAGCAGCUUAAUGUUAUGUAACUGAACUUGAUAAUAUGGACUUGGCAACAUCCACAGAGAAGCUAAGGCUACAUGUCUCUUGGUACAUUUGCACUUAACUUAAAUUUUUUUUUUCCUUUUCCUUUUAUGUUGAGUUGUGACAUAUUACAAAGUUUUUUUCUGGCUAAAUAAUAUAUGUUUUCUUUGAUAUAUUACAAAGUUGCAUAAUCUAUCGAUAUAAAGCUAGAUUUUUCAAACCAAAUUCAGUUGGCUCAACCGAUUAGAUGGAUAUUGUUAAUAUGCUAUGUUUGCGGGCUUGCCUUAAGUACUAUCAAAGGAGGCAUGGACCAUAAAAAAAAUUUGGAUGAUAGAAUGUGAUAUUAAUGGUAAUGAAAACUCAUCAAAAGCUUUUAUAAACAUAGGCAAACAUCUUCUCUAGACUUGACAAAGAAAAGAAGAGGUGGUCCUUAAUUUCAUUUUGCAAAGGAGACAUGAGAACUGUGAUUUCCAAAGAUAAAGCCUAUUUCACGUUACCAUUUCGUUCCUUGCGGUCAACAUACUUCACAUACAUAUUUCCUAUUUUCUAUAUUUCAUGUAUCAAAAUUUUAUUAACGUAAACAUAUAUU